CCGUGUUCUCUCUAUUCCUGGAACACAUUGCCGGUCACUCACCGAUGCCAGUCCAAAAGCUGCUGUGAGAGGGACCGGCCAUGAGUCAGCUGUGAUAAUGGAUCACACCAGAAAUCAGAUAUGCGGUAGCUACAGCGACAUCACUGAGCCCGAGUACGCCGUGGUGGAUGACCAGGAGGAAGUCAUGAGCGUGUGCAUACUUCCUGCCAGGCCCAUUUAUGAUGAAAUGGAGUACGCAGACAGGGACCUUCCAUGGUUGCAUUCAGCUCAGAGCCCCUCCUCACGCCUCACUGGUCACUCCAGCUCCCAGCUCAGAUUUCCACACAGAGAAAUCCCACCGACGACAGGACCUGCAGUUAAUAGAGAUCUGAAGCCUGGCAGACGAAAAACCGUUUUAGAUAAGAGAUUCACACCUGUGCCUCCAGGAAACCAGCUCUCCCAAAGGUAUUCUCCAUCACCUCCAUCUUCCUCCCUGCAGUUAGUGAAUCAGCCUCCUGGAUGGACUCAGGCCUGCAGGAGAGACAGGCAACAGAAGGGGACUAAAAAAGUAGUAUUGGGUUCACAAACCAUAGGUCGACAGAGUCCCGAAACUGUCUCAGGCCCCAAAAACAACCUCAAAUAUUCUUUGGAUUUGGAAACCAAUGAUUUAGAAAUAAGGUCACAACAGAAUCUGGAAAGGGGGAUGUCAGGACGUCAUCACCAUGAGUGGCCGCAAACUAAAGACGACCUUGACCAACACGAGUUUGUUCUAAAGGAAAAACCUCAACAGACAUAUUGUGAGGAGGACUGGUACAUCGGGGUCUGCAGUCGGGUAGAUGCAGAGCAUGCGUUACAUCUGGUGAACAAGAACGGUGCGUUUCUGGUACGAGACUGUUCCCUCAACACCGGCAGCGAACCUUUGGUGUUGUCUGUGUAUCACGAGAAGAAGGUUUACAAUGUAAAGAUCCGGUUCUUUGAAAGCAGCAGCAAGUUCGCUCUGGGAACAGGACAACAUUCAAAAGAUAUGUUUGACUCUGUGGCUGACAUCGUCAAGUUUCACACCAUCUUCCCAAUAAUACUGAUCAGUGGCAGAAACACACCAGGAAGUAAAUACCCAGAGAACUGUGUGCUGACGUGUGCGGUGACGAGGGAGGAUGUGGACCAGCUCCUACAAUGACAACACACAUCACGCCUAUGACCUGCUGAAUCUCAUCCAGUCACAUUUCCCCUGUAGUUAAUUCUGAGUCUGUUCGGACAGAUGCUGACCGUGUAUUCAAAUUUCUAAAGUAUUUGCUUGUCUCAAUAAAAGUGUAAUAAUUGCACA